UUGACACAAAGCUAACGAAAAUUAUUGCCGUUAUUAUAAAUUCGCUCGCGCUUAAAUGACAGUGCCUGAAAUGAAACCUGAUUGGUUUAUCAAAUCUCGCGCGCGCUUGACUCUCUUUUGUUAUGUCACAAUCUGGAAAAAUCCAUUCGCAUGAAAAUACUGUCCAGAGAGACUUAUAUUUCAAAGCGCGUAAACUUUAUUCAGAUACAACCCAGCAAAAGCUAAAAAUGGGAUCUGCUUUAAGUUCAUACAAAUCCAAGAGAAGAGAUAAGAAAGAAUAUAAGAGGAAACUAAGAGAGCAACUGAAAGAAGCACAAGAACACGUAGCUCGUCUCCAGGAACAAGUUCAGUGUGCAAAUGAAUUACUUGAGGCCUUUCAAAGGUCACGCAUCGCCCCUAACAUAGGGCUUGCAACACAGAAAUAUCGAGCAGCCACUGAAAUGAUGAAAGAAAUUGAAGCUUUGGAGCGAAAGCUUUUCUUUGAGCAAGUUGCUCUGAAUGUUACAGAAAAUAGAUGUGACUUUCUGGAUGACAACUACCGUCUUCUUCACGACAAUGAGACGAACCUUUACUGGCAGAAGUCAUCCUGUCAAACAAACCUGGAGGCCUUGAAAAAGAAACAAGAGGCCAUUCAGUUCAGUCGAUUCAAAGACGAAAAUCCGCUGGAACAGUGGUUCGUUUGCUCGCUUCCAAAUCUUUACUUCGGAAGAGUUGACACCCCAUCAUCAUGGCAUUAG